GUAACACUGUGUUUUUCUUCUUCACAGAUUAUGAGUGCCAAGUGAGCCACCCUGACACAAGAAGCAUCAUCAGCACUUCAUUACUGAUGGAUACAGAGAAGAAACCGGAGAACGAGGAGGAUGACAAUGGCAAUAAAGAAGCAAAGGACUCGAGAACGAUCUCAUCCCAUGACGUAGACCUUGGGCCUGUAUCUGAUGUGAUAGCAGAUUCCUCUGUGAAUUCCACGAGCAAAAGAGGUUUUUCAGAGUCUUCAGACUUUGGCAGUGUCAUUGUGGAGGAAAAUGGAAAUAAACAUGCUUCCAAACGGAUGAAAUUAGCUGAGGUAGAGCCCCCGAAGUCUGGAGAGCAGGGCAUCGCCGGGUCAGAAAGUUCUGAGAGCGCAGGCCCAGAGCGGAGUGUCCCGCUGGAGGAGACCAGGACCGAGGCCCUCCUGGGUGACUCAGACGGAGGCACGUGUCUUCCUAGUGCUUUUGUUCCUCCUUGCGACUUGAGUGCCGUGGAUGCUGUUCCUAUGGAGACCUUGCAGGUGCCCGUCGCACAGACACACAGGCUGCAGAAGAUCUUCUCUUGUGAGCUUUGUGGCUUCCAGUGUGUGGAAGAAAACCUGUUGAACGCACAUUAUCUCGGGAAAACACACCUCCGGCGUCAGAAUCUCGUGGCUCGUGGAGGGUUUGUACAGAUCUUAACCAAGCAACCUUUUCCUAAGAAGCCAUGUCCCAUGGGAACAAAAAACGUUCGCACAAAACCUAGAGCCUCUAAACCACUAGCAAAGAAUAGCGAGUCAAAAGGAUUACGAAACACUGAAAGCAAAUGUAAAGAUUUCAGAGGAACCAUUUCUAAACAUGGGGGAGGUAGCAGCGAGCUGCUGGUUGAAAUGGUGCCGUCAGGGGACAGUCUGUCAGAAAAAGUAGACUUUGUGGAAGAAAAUGUAACCUCGCUGAGCACAGCUCGAAAUCCUGACAGCCAGAGUGAAAAGUUAGGAGCUUUAGUCACCUCGGAGAGUCUCCUCGAUAAAUUGGAAUCCACCAGAAACAGCCCCCAGGCAGCCCACGGUGUGGGUGCGGCCUCGAGACCGAGACCUGAGCGGAACUUCCUCGUUUUGGGCAGUGGCUUCCGACGACGCAGUGGCACUUUCAGCCUAAAGGGCCAGGCAAAGAAAAGGUUCGGUCUUCUAGGAAUUAAUAAAAGGGGAAGUAAUGAGACACAGAGGCUGUACAUGAGACACUUUAGAAAGCAGGUGAAAACAAGUGAGGCCGAGUCGACGCCUCAGCACGUGGAAACCAGUGGCAGCGUCCGCGGUCCGUGCUUGACGUCCUCAGAAACCCAGGACCCGAAGCAGGACAGGAGGAACUCCCACCUCCCGUGCUCCUUGGACUCUCUGACGGUGAGGCCAGCCCCUGACCAUCAGGUGUUGUGUGCUUGUGCAGACUGUGGUCACACAGCCACAGACAGGACAGAGCUGGAAAUCCACGGGGAAAAGUGCCAAGCAGGGAAGACCUGUGGCUUGUCCAGCGUGUCCGGGAGGGACUUGGAUGGGCACCUGCACCCGCAGACGGCCUCCGGCCUCAGUUGUCAGUGCUGUCCGUCUCUCCCCGUGAGUGAGGAGGACCUGAGGGAGCCCGCGAAGGAGAAGCGCAGUCCAAGUCUCCUCUGCGCUCCCCGUGACCUGUUCUUUGUGUCCGAGAAGGAUGUGGACGAGCACCGGACGACCGAGAAGCACAUCCACUCGUCGGCUCAACCAAAGACUUCUCAGUCACUUGGUGCUGACUUGGCUUUACAGACUUUCCCUUUAAGUACUUCAGAAUCAGAAAACACAAAAGAUUCUGUGAGUGAGCCAGGAAGAGCAGCUCAGGAAGAGCCAGUCAAGUCCAGGGUCAGCCCUGGAAAUGAAGUAAGGCAUUCGAGUAGGCCUCAGUUUCAGUGUAAGAAGUGUUUUUAUAAGACCAGGUCUUCCACUGUCCUCACGAGACACAUCAAGCUCCGGCAUGGGCAGGACUACCACUUUCUUUGUAAAGCCUGUAAUCUUUACUCGUUGAGCAAAGAAGGAAUGGAGAAACACAUUAAGAGGAGCAAGCAUCUUGAAAAUGCUAAGAAAAAUAACAUUGGCUUAAGCUUUGAAGAAUGUAUUGAAAGGGUCUGCAUAGGUGCAAAUGACAGGAAGGAAGAGGCGAACGUUCCCGGAGGUGGAAGGGCAGCCGGCCACGGAGAGGGCACGCACUUAGCAGAGCGCUCCGGUCUUGAGCAGAGCGUUCUGCCUGCCCCGGAGCUGCCGCAGUCUGGUGUCAUCGCCAAAGAGGGUGAAUUAGCUUUGGCCACUACUCCAAAGAGAGGGAGACCUAAAGGUAACAUCUCACGGACCUGUUCGCACUGUGGCCUUUUGGCCUCGAGUAUUACAAACUUGACCGUGCACAUUAGACGAAAACACAGUCACCAAUACAGUUAUUUAUGCAAAGUGUGUAAGUAUUAUACCGUGACUAAGGGAGAUAUGGAGCGUCACUGUGCCACCAAGAAGCAUAAAGGCCGUGUAGAAAUAGAAGCAAGUGGAAAACAAAGUUCAGAUGUCGUCGUUGGCCCUGAAGGGGGUGACCUUGAGGCCAGUAGGAAGAACGCCGGUUCAGCAGUUUCAGGUGAGCCUGCUAACAGGUUGGCUGAAGCAGCUCCCUCCACGUUGGAAAAGCCAGAACUGGAGCACGGGAAUCCAGCUGAAGUCAAAGCUGACAGUGUGUUUCAUUCUCUAGAUGGGGAUGCUAACAGUCACCUGGAGAAAAAGGAACAGGUCUCUCCAGAACCAGAGGACCUUCCCCACCAGGGGGGUGCGUGCGCCCAGGGCGACGUCACGGGUACAGGUGAUAACAAGUGUAUACACUGUGAGUUUAACGCUCACUCUUCUGCUUCCCUAGAACUGCACGUAAAACGGAAACACACCAAAGAGUUCACGUUUUACUGCAUGGCAUGUGAUUACUACGCCGUGACUCGUCGAGAGAUGACGAGGCACGCGGCGACCGAAAAGCACAAGAUGAAGAGGCAGUCCUACCUGAGCUCUUCCAGCUUGGAAGCUGCUUCUGCAGAGAUGUCCAGAGACACCAUCGUACCUGAGGAGCUGCAUCAACAAAAUGCUGAAGAAUUUCAAGUAAUUCCACACCAAUCCUCUGAAACUCUCAAAUCAAGAAGUGGUGCCGAUUGUUCUGUUUUAGAGGAGAAUGCUAAUCUAGAUAUGUCUAAAGUGCUCUGUGCUCCUGACUCUGUAGAAAUUGAGACUGAGGAAGAAUCCAACCUCAGUGAAGAUCAUUCCUUCUGUGAAACUCUCCGCCAGCCCCUUGCCAAGGAUAAAGUUCUGAGACCCGAGGAGAUGGUGUCCCUUAUUUCCUCUAAUGAUGGCUCCUCAGCCAAAUUUCCGAAUGAAAAUUCAGGAAACUCGGCUUUGAAUUAUGAGACAGCAAAGAGAAUGCACAAUGUGUUGAGUGACAUUGACAUUUCACACGCACACGGCCAGGGUGAUGGAGGACGCGGAGGAGAAAAGGCAGAGAAUGCCCUUGGUCGGCGUGCAUGUCCCGGGGCGCUGGAUGGAGAGCGGGCGGCCGAAAGCGCCACAGGGAGAGUGGCCGGAGGACGGCUGCCCUUGCGGAGCGGUGGUCAGGAUGGAGCUGGAAGCCUGCAGAGUCCAGGGGAUUUGAGACAUGUCCCCGGAGGCCCCGUUCUGGAGAAUAAGGAGAGUCUGAUGAGUUCCCAGCAUGAAACUAAAAUUAUUUUGGAAGAGGAUGGUCUGGCUUCUGAUAGCACCGUUGAAAAUAAUGAUGUUUAUGAAACUAUAAUCAGCAUUGAUGAGAAAGGACAGGCCGUGUACAGUUCUAGCCGGUUUGACUCUUCCAUAAUAAAAAUAAAGAACCCUGAAGACGGGGAACUGUUAGACCAGUCUGAAGAAGCGUUGGUAGCAGCAGGAGUGAGGAUUAGUGAGCUGCCCUUAAAGGACUGUGCUCAAGGUGGGAAAAAGAAGAAGUCUGAAGGCAGUUCCUUUGCUGAAUCCACACGGAUUCGCUGUGAUGACUGCGGCUUCUUAGCUGAUGGUUUGAGCGGACUGAACGUCCACAUAGCCAUGAAGCAUCCGACGAAAGAGAAACACUUCCAUUGUUUACUGUGUGGAAAAUCAUUCUACACGGAGAGCAACCUCCACCAGCAUCUGGCCAGUGCUGGUCACAUGAGAAAUGAGCAGGCCAGCGUGGAGGAGCUUCCCGAGGGCGGGGCCACCUUUAAAUGUGUCAAGUGUACAGAGCCCUUUGAUUCCGAACAGAAUUUAUUUCUGCACAUUAAAGGGCAGCAUGAGGAACUGCUGCGGGAGGUGAACAAGUACAUAGUGGAAGACACUGAGCAAAUCAACCGCGAGAGAGAGGAGAACCAGGGAAACGUGUGCAAGUACUGUGGGAAGAUGUGUCGCAGCAGCAACUCGAUGGCCUUUCUAGCACACAUUCGCACUCACACAGGAUCAAAACCAUUCAAGUGCAAGAUAUGCCAUUUUGCAACAGCUCAGCUUGGCGAUGCCAGAAACCAUGUCAAAAGGCACCUUGGGAUGAGGGAAUACAAGUGUCACGUCUGUGGGGUUGCUUUUGUAAUGAAGAAACAUUUAAACACUCAUCUACUGGGCAAACAUGGAGUUGGCACGCCAAAAGAAAGGAAGUUUUCGUGCCACUUGUGUGACAGAAGCUUCACAGAGAAGUGGGCCCUCAACAACCACAUGAAACUCCACACGGGAGAAAAGCCGUUCAAGUGCACCUGGCCCACGUGUCACUACUCCUUCCUCACGGCCUCCGCCAUGAAGGACCACUACCGCACGCACACAGGCGAGAAGUCGUUCCUGUGUGACCUCUGUGGCUUUGCUGGCGGGACCCGGCACGCCCUCACCAAGCACCGCCGGCAGCACACAGGAGAAAAACCUUUCAAGUGCGAUGAGUGUAACUUCGCCUCCACAACGCAGUCUCAUCUGACUCGGCACAAACGGGUCCACACAGGAGAAAAGCCCUACCGGUGCCCCUGGUGUGACUACAGGUCAAACUGUGCUGAAAAUAUCCGCAAACACAUCCUGCACACGGGCAAGCACGAGGGGGUCAAGAUGUACAACUGCCCCAGGUGCGACCACGGGACCAACGUGCCCGCGGAGUUCCGGAACCACCUGAAGGAGCAGCACCCUGACGUGGACAACCCCGACCUGGCCUACCUACACGCGGGCAUUGUGUCCAAGUCCUACGAGUGCCGUCUGAAGGGCCAAGGAGCCACCUUCGUGGAGACAGACAGCCCCUUCACCGCGGCCGCCCUGGCGGAGGAGUCUCCGGUCAAAGACCGGCCCCUGCGGGGCAGCAGGAGGCCAGCAGCGCCGCCCGAGCCGGUCCAGCAGGUCAUUAUCAUCCAGGGCUACGACGGCGAGUUCGCCCUGGAUGCCUCGGUGGAGGAGACGGCGGCGGCCACACUGCAGACGCUGGCGCUGGCCGGCCAGGUGGCCCGGGUGGUGCACAUCACGGAAGACUCACAGGAGCGCAGCCAGGCGGCCCUCAAGAAGGUGGUGCAGGGCGUCCUGCAGUUCGCGGUCUGCGACCCAGCCGCAGCCGGCCAGCUGGUCAAGGACGGCGUCACUCAGGUUAUCGUGAACGCAGAGGGCGCCGUGCACAUGCUGGCGCGGGACGGCGCCCAGAUUGUCAUGCAGGAGGCGGGGGCCCCCGACCCGCACGCCGACCUGGCAGAAUCCGACGGGGAGAUCUCGCAGAUCAUCGUGACCGAGGAGCUGGUCCAGGCCAUGGUGCAGGAGUCCGGCGGCAGCUUCCCCGAGGGGGCGACCCACUACAUCGUGACCGAACUGCCCCCAGGGGUGCAGGACGGGGCGGGUGUGUUCUCCCACACCGUGAUCGAGGCAGCCGGCUCCCAGGAGAUCCUGCAGGCUGGGGCCGCGCUCAGCGCCGAGGCCGUGGUCCCCGGUGGGACCGAACAGUUGACGAGUAUGGUCAUAUAUACCCAGGAGGGCUCCCCGGCAGCCGCGGUCAUUCAGAGCCAAAGAGAGAGCAGUGACCUCCACGAAGCCUGAUGCAGGAACCCUGACACCCACGCAGGGCAGGUGUGGAGAGACCAGCACACGUGGCAGGUGUCCCUGAACUUCACUUGCCAAGCCUUCGCGACAGUGACAUGCACGUCGAGGAGAAGGAACCCGCUCCGGGCCGGGUGAUGUCGCUGCUGACCGGAGGCCGGGCACCUGCUGCGCGUGGGCGGGCGGGGCAGUCUGUUCACCCCCACUCUUCUGUCCACGCUCCUUCCUCUGUCCUAAUGUUGUGCUGAGGAGAAGCCAAGUUGUUUUCUGUUUUUUUCCCCCACCGAUGUUCUCCCAUUUCAGUUCUGAAAGGAUUGUGCCCUGGCAGUGGAGACAUGACAACACUGUACCUUGUGGCUUGAGACACGUCGGCUCUGGCAGCCUAGCAUGUCGCCGUUUUAACAUUUUAUUACAUGUUUGGUUAAAAAUUGCAGCUCCCCGUAUUACCAUGUUGAAGCAGUACGCUCUUCAUUUUUUUGAAAUCUUAGGGUCACAGUGUCCCCAGACCAAAGGCAGCCCAUUUCCUCCCUUCAGACAGCGUAAGGGUGUUCGUUGUUCUGGUUGCUUCUGCUUAAAAGAUCCCUUCUCAGCCUACGGUUAAGAAACGCCUUGACGUUUUUAUUCAAUUAAAAUAAACCUUGGUUAAGAAAACUCAGCGCUUCUGAUUUUGGCUUAGUUUCAUACAAUAAAGCCUAUAUGAAAUGUGCACUC